AUGGAUCAAUCUAAUACAUAUUCAAAAUCAUCGAAUUCUCCGACAUUUGCAUCAAUUAAAGCUAAUGAACGCUCAUCAAUGGCUACGUAUAGUGAUGGAUAUGUGUAUACAGGUCCUUUAACUGCACAAUAUUAUGAACUUCAAUCAAAAUCUAUAAGUGAAACAGCAAAACGUACAACACCUUGUGAUGAUGAACAAAAUAUUGCAUCAUCAUCAUCGUCACCUAGUACACAUAAUCUUUCAUUAUCAUCGUCACCAUCAACUGACAUAAUGAAUAAUAGUAGUCAAUAUCAAUUUAAAGUUAUGUUAUUAGGUGAUAGUGGUGUUGGUAAAACAUGUUUGCUUGUACGAUUUAAAGAUGGUACAUUUCUUGCUGGAAGUUUUAUUGCUACAGUUGGAAUUGAUUUUCGAAAUAAAAUUGUGACACUCGGUGAUAAAAAAAUUAAACUGCAAAUAUUUGAUACAGCUGGUCAAGAACGUUUUCGUUCAGUAACACAUUCAUAUUAUCGUGAUGCUAAUGCAUUAUUAUUACUUUAUGACGUAACAUCAUAUUCAUCAUUUGAAAAUAUUUCAGCUUGGUUAAGUGAAAUAAAAGAAUUUGCACAUGAUGGUGUUAUUAUAAUGUUAAUUGGAAAUAAAAUUGAUAAAUCACAACGUGUUGUAUCAAGAGAAGCUGGUGAACGUUUAGCAAGAGAUUAUGAAGUUAGUUUUCUUGAAACAUCUGCUAAAACAGGUCAAAAUGUUGAAUUAGCAUUUAUGGCAACAGCCCAAGCAUUACUUGAUAAAGAAUUAACUCGAAAAACUCAUCAUAAUGGACAUUAUACAUUAAAUGACGCGAAUAAAAUGUCUGGAUUAUCAUUAAUGAAUAAUAAUCGAGAUAAUUAUAAUAAUAUGCCAAAUGGUACCAGAAGUUCUGGAUGGUGUUGUUAA